AUGGAUUCUGUUCGAGCUCGUGCUGUAGAUCGAGAAGGUUGGGCAGAGCUGCGAUCAAGGACGGCACGCCUCGGCGAAUAUGCAGCUGCUGCUAUUCCUGCUAACGAGCAUGUACCAAAUUUUUCUAUGCGCUAUGAGGUUGGAGAUAUGGUACAUGUCACAAUGGUACCACAAGAAGGAAAAAAUGGAUGCAAUUGGAGAGCGAUAAAGGUUCGCCCAAUGGUUAAACACUCUGAUAAUGAGUGCAAGGAAGGCACUUCACAAGAAUCACGUAUAACACCUCUCACCACGAAAAACACCGUUUUCAAUAAUCAGACUGUUGUUGUGACCAAUGUAUGUGAGACGCUUGCGUAUGGUGUCAGCGCUACGCACGGCUCUGUAUUCAUUCCAGGAGCAGCAUUUUCUGCUCAGGAAGUGACACGACUAAAUACCUACUUAAAUAUCGGCGAUGAACUUCUGGUCUCACUGCGAGCUCAGGGCGAUGUCAACGGAUGCAAAUUUAUAGCAACAACCGCAACCAAGCUGAAGAAUUUCUGCCAACCACAAGUAACUGGAAUCGGGAAGAUAAUCUCACUCACAGAUACAUGCGCUACGGUAUGGUCACCAAAUUGCGGUGAAAUCAAAUGUUCUUUGCUCACCUGGGUAGGAGGUGACGGCGGAACGGACGCAGAGUGGCUAACAGAUCUGCUUAGCAUUGGAGAUGCUGUUUUGUUUACUGCUGUGAAGCGCAGUGACAACGAUGUAUGGAAAACUGUGAAAUGGAGUGCUCGCGGUUUUCGAAUAGGGUCCGAUCGCGUCAAGUUGGCAGAUUCCUAUACGCAAACAGCCAUCUCUACAUCAGAAAUCACUAUGCGUUACAUUGCACCUGCACUCGGUACCAUAUUAAGCGAGAAGCCUACCUUACUAGUGCUUAUGUCUGUUGACCCACUCACCAUCAAAGACGAUACAGGAUUAGCCGUUCUCUCAUCAAUGCCCACUGAUACGCUUGCCGAAGUUGGUGACACCUGCUUGUUUCUGUUUGACUGCUCAGUGCAACCGCCUAAAUGUCUGCGAGUGACUGCUAUUCCACAUGAGCUCGCCCCUGUCAUGAAGUAUAAGUUGAUGCAAUUUCGGGAGUACGAGAUGAAAUCCUCUUGA